GCAUGUACAGUGUUCUACAAAUACAAUCAUCAAUAAAGAGAUGAAACCCUUCAACUCCUUUAUCACUGAUCAGAAUCAGAUACACUACUUUUCUUUUUCCCUUUUAACCAUCUCCCUCCUCAGUUCUUUUCACGCUGUGAGCUUCAGCUACCCUUUUAAGUUUUAACCCUUGUUAUUAUGGCAGAAAUUUAUUCCCUUAUCUUCAUCCUAUUGACUUGUCACUGUUACACCACCUAAACGGUCAGCCCUCUAUUCUAAAUGUAAAAUUAAAGACCCCCAUUUCAGUUGCAGCUGCAACAUGAAAAGAUAACUUUAGAUUAGAUAUAUGCAGUCAGUGGCCCUCUUUCUCUCUCUUCUUUGAUAGUGUUAGAUUCCUUCCUUCAAAGCAAGCAUUGAAUUUGAAGAAAAAGGUCCAAAAAAAAAAAAUGGGAGAAGAAGAGAAACCAAUGCAAAAGCAGCACCAGAAUUCAACAGAAUCUUUCACUGCAAUGAAAUCUAGUAUCAAGCAGGCUGUUCAGGUUAUAUCUUCUUUGAUUUCUCUUUCACAUUCUAUCAAGGUUUUUAAUGUUAAAUGGCAACUCAUUCGAAAGAAGCUAGAAGAGAUGAGUUCUGGGUUGAUGGCUGUUGGAAACUGUGAUUCAAGUGAAAACACAGCGGCCUUCUCUGACGUGGUUCCUUCCAUUUUGGCAACUGUAAACGAGUGUUAUGAUCUCGGGAGAAGAUGUGUGGAUCUUUCUUACAGUGGAAAGCUCCUGAUGCAAAGUGACCUCGAUGUGAUGGUUGCAAAAUUUGAUCUCCAUGUAAAGAAUCUUUCAGGGAUUUACACUGCUGGGGUUCUGAGCCAUGGUUUCGCCAUUGUUGUUUCCAGGCCUGGUUUUGGUGCUUGUAAAGAUGACAUGAGGUUCUAUGUAAGAGAUUUGUUGACAAGGUUGAAGAUUGGUGAUAUAGAAAUGAAAAGGCAAUCCUUGGUGAAUUUAUAUCAAGUUAUGGCUGAAGAUGAAAGGUACAUGAAACUUGUAGCACUUGAAGUUAGUGACAUUGUGAAAGUGUUGGUCGAUUUUCUUGAUUCACCAGAGAUGGAAAUUCAAGAAGAAGCUUCAAAGAUUGUAUCUUUAAUCUCUGGGUUUGAUUUGUAUAAAGGGGUUUUAGUUGAAGCUGGGAUUAUUGGCCCUUUAAAUCGGGUUUUGGAAACCGGCAGUAAUUUGGUCAAAGAAGGAGCUGUUAGGUGUCUUCAGACAUUGACUGUAAAUUCAGACAAUGCAUGGUCAGUUUCAGCUGAUGGUGGGGUGACGGCACUGUUGAAAAUAUGUUCAAGCGGUGAUUUUGGAGGGGAACUAAUUGGUCUUGCUUGUGGGGUGUUGAGAAACCUUGUUGGUGUUGAAGAGAUUAAAAGGUUUAUGGUCGAAGAAGGUGCCAUUGAAACAUUCAUCAAGCUAACAAGAUCAAAAGAAGAAAUCGUGCUGAUUAAUUCAAUGGAGUUGCUUCAAAACGUAGCUUCUGGGGAGGAAUCAGUUCGUGCAUUACUACGAGUUUCGGAUCCGAAAUCGGCAACCUCUUCGAAAACAAGAGAAGUAGCAUUGAGAGCAAUAGAGAAUCUAUGUUUCCCUUCACAAAACUGCAUAAACACCUUGAUGAAUUACGGAUUCACGGAUCAUUUACUCUUCUUCCUACGCAAUGGCGAAGUUUCCCUUCAAGAACUGGCACUUAAGUUGACGUUUAAGCUUUGUGGGACAUCAGAUGAGGCCAGAAAGACGAUGGGAGAUGCUGGUUUCAUGGCAGAGCUUGUCAAAUUGUUGGAUGCUAAGUCAUAUGAAGUGCGUGAAAUGGCAAUUGAAGCACUCUCCAGUUUGGUCUCAGUCCCUAAAAAUCGAAAUAGAUUUGUUUCAGAUGAUAGAAACAUACACUUCCUUCUUAGAUUGCUUGAUCAAGAGGAAGGAAUUUCAGGUAAUAAACAGCUCUUGCUCUCUAUAUUAGUGUCAUUGACAAGUUGCAACAGUGGAAGAAGAAAAAUAGCCAGUUCUGGCUACCUAAAAUACAUAGAGAAACUUGCAGAAGCACAAGUCUCUGACGCCAAAAGACUUGUCAGAAAGUUAUCUACCAAUAGAUUUCGUAGUUUUCUGAGCCGUUUCUGGCAUUCUUAAAUGUAAUUUUUGUUUCUUUGUUUUUGUUUUCACUGUACAUUAACUAUAAGAUACUUGUUUUCUCACACUCUGUAUAUUGCAGUUAUUUUAGUAAAUAUGGGGAUUCCAUAUGAUAAAA